AGCAUCAACAUCAGGAUCGCUAACAAGCUCUACGACCGCUACAUGCGAGCAUACGACAACUUAGAUCACCUGAAACCUUACUCACCUGGACAGAGAGCUCUUCACAAGCAUAUCAAACAGGCCAUGUACGAUUUCUACUUAAAGCGCAGAGAUCAGCUAAAGUCCACCCUACGACGUCGUGAUUCUUGCAACAGCCUCUCCUGAGGGACACACAAUAGACGGCUUGAUUUGAAAACCGCUUUGACUCAGUUUCUGGUUCGAUGUCCGGAUAAUAUCUUCUUUUUUUUUUUUUUAACAAACUGUAGGUUUGUUUUUUGUUUUUCUUUGGUUCUUUAAGUAUUAAUUUUUUUCUGGUUUGGAAAUUUUUUGUUGCUUUGUUUGGGGUUUCUGCGCUCAUUCUCUUAUGUGAAAAGGAUAGAAAGCUCCAAGUGAAAAACUUGAGAUUUUGCUGUACAGUGUAUUAAUUUGUUUUUCCUCAACUUGUCUUUGUAGAGGUUCAAAGAACACGUUUUCAUUUGAAUUGUUGAGUGGGUGGUUUGCUCCUUCUUUCCUAUCAAACGUCUUUCGUCCUUAUCGGUCCUUCUUUUUUGUGUUCGUUACUCUCUUGUGACACAUCUUGUCUUCGUCACUUGUAAUGCCUUAUUGUGUCACAAGUGCCUUAAAAUCCUUACUAAAUCAAAAUGUUGAAAUCAUAUUGGUAUAACUUGUGGCCUGAUGACGACCGAGAUUUAGAGCUUGGGUUUUCA